AUCUUCAGCGUUGAAGUAAACAUGCCUGGGUUCACCUGCUGUGUCCCUGGCUGCUAUAACAACUCGCACCGGGAUCGGGACCUGCGCUUCUACACAUUUCCAAAGGACACCGCGCUCAGGGAGCUGUGGCUGAGGAACAUCUCCCGGGCCGGGGUCAGCGGCUGCUUCAGCACCUUCCAGCCCCCCACAGGACAUCGAGUCUGCAGCGUGCAUUUCGCCGGUGGGAGGAAGACCUACACCAUCCGAGUACCGUCGCUCUUCCCGCUGCGGGGGGUGAACGAGCGAAGGAGUCGGCGUGGCAGAGGCAGGAAAGUGUCCGCGGCGGCUCCUGCCCCCGGCGCUGCAGCGACCUCCGGGAUUGUCCUCACCAGUGUACUGGGCAACACGGCAGAGGGAGCCGAGGCCAGUGCUGGUGGCGAGGCGAGCGACGACAGCAUCACCGUGGUUCAGAUAGGCCAGAACGGGGAGUAUCUGGGCACGGCGCGACUGCCCGCCCAGACAGAGGGGACUUGUUUCACCGCGCCGAUCGGCAACGCAGAUGAGCUGAACCCCGAAGACUCAUCGGCCGAAACCACAGUGAACCAGUCGGCCGUGCAAUACGUGAGUGUGACCAGCAGCCCGCUGGACCACUCAUACUCGCUGACCACCGGCACCACGUCCGCUGAGCUGCUGCGGAAACUGAACGAGCAGCGGGACAUCAUCGCCUUGAUGGAGGUGAAGAUGAAGGAGAUGAAGGCAACCAUCCGCCAGCUGCGGGUGGCCGAGGCCAAACUGCAGGAGGAGGUGCGGGAGCGGGACCGGCUGCUGUACGGCAACUCGGUGGCUUUGAACGUCCGGAAUAAGAUCUGAUGGGCAAACAUCACCGGAGAGGACCCGUUACAGAGACUCAGACUAAAGGACCUGACACCGAGGGGUUUGAACACAGCAGACCCAGCCCUGUUUUGUCUAUUUUGUAUAAAAUUACGAGCGAAGACAAUUUAUUUUCCACAAGUAGAGCUCAUUUUUAGUAGGCCUGAUGAAAAAAAGGUUGGCUGGCUAGUAGCAGAUAAUAAUAAUCUCAUUGCUAAUAACAUAGAAACACGCACAGCCCAACCACGGUCAAUAACACAUUUUCUUCAUCCAAGGGAGACUCGUAGUUUGUUACAAGUUAGACAGGCUUACAUAUUUAUAAACAGACUGAUGGGAAGACAGAACGAAGAUGCUCCAGACGGCCUAGCUGCAUAUAAAGUUUUUCUCCUUAAGAUUUCUCUUGCAAAGUUUGUAUUUCCUUACUUAGAUAUUGAUAUUAGGAGGUUGUUGCAAGAAAUGAUUCUCUCACAAAUGAUUGCAGAGAUAAAGUAUGCCAAGAUGAAGUAUCCAUAGGACUUUUUGUAACCAAAACACUACUCUUGGCACACUUACAGUGUUAGUGAGUGAGAUAAAACUCUACCUUGGCUUUAUCUGAGUUGCCUUUAAAGGUACCAAGUUAUUUUUCUUUAGUUUGGUUGCUAAAUAAAUGUGUGUAACAAAAAAACGAGUUUAACACUUGAAAGGGCACUUAAAAUAUUAAUUUUUUUAAAGGGUAUUUUUUUGAAGACGCAUUAAAUUACAUUUGCCUUGCUUUUUUUUUUCCUUACAAAGGAAGUACACAAACAAAAAAUGAGUUUAACACUUGAAAGGGCACUUAAAAGAUAAUUUUUUUAAAGGGUAUUUUUUGAAGACUUGCAUUGAAUUGCAUUUACCUUGUUUUUUUUUCCUCUUUACGAAGGAAGUACACAAAGAUGUUUUUUCCAAGAUCCCUUAUGCAACAUGGAUCUUUGUCUCUGAGGCUGUUCUGUGAAGCAGCACAAGCUUGUUUCUGUGUGAUCAGUGAAUUUUAUGUACCUGUUUAUGGUCUGCAUCUCUUCAUCCUAAGUGUUUUACAGACAGGAUGUUACAUGCAUUUUACAUUUCUGAACUGGCUCUCAAAGUUACUCUCUUAUUCUCAUUUUGAAGUAAAUUUCAUUUUGAAAUAGUGCUGAGUAAUUUCUCACAUCAGCAAAUGUCCUGGAUUUGUCCUGUGCCACAGUAACAAACAGAAACAGUCAGGAGAACCUGUGCUAUUUGUAUUGCCUUUAUAUUUUGUUAAGGUGGUGUUGGCUCAUCCCACCGGGGUAAAAACUCAGUUGACUGUUAGUGAGGACUUCUGCUUGGACUCUUUUUUUUUUUUUUUGGAAAUGAGAUUAAAAAAAGGUGAAGUGACUCCAGUAACCUCUAUGUCAAUGUCUAGGGGUACCUUUUUUGCUGUAGGCAGUGAACAAGCAAGAAUACUUGAAAUUAGGCAGGAGCAUUUUGACAGUUACACAACACAGACUUUGCUCCACAAGAUGAUGUUUUGGCGCCAGUGUGUUUUCUUCAGAACUUAAAACAAAUCCCAUCAAACCUCCAAAGACCCUGGAGGUGUCAGAAAGACAGUUACAGUGGAUCACAUUUUACAGCAUUCAUUAUACAAUAUCUAACAAUAGUGCUCAUAUAUAUCUAAGACCCAAAAUUAUCUUUGUCAUUUUUUUUUAACCUUUAUUAAAAUCCCAUUUAGAAUGGCAACCUCUUUUUCAAGGGAGACCUGGCCAACACAGCAGCAAUGCAAGUUUCAUACAGG